AUGUGUUCCGCCUUGGCAGCUGCAGCUUUCGCCAUUGGUCUCGUGUUCACCAUCCACAAUAUCGAGAAUUGUGAUGCGGCUUCCACUGGAACUAUUGCAAAAAUUUUAUUCUCUACAGCGAAAACUCUGAGUGGAUCCAUUGGACAAAAAGUACCAGAGGUUCUCCUACCCUUGCCAGAGAUCUGCAACACAACAGAAUGUAAAAACACGGCCUCAUCGGUAUUGAAAAACAUGGAUCCAACAGUCGAGCCCUGCGACGAUUUCUACAGAUUCGCUUGUGGAGGUUUCCAUAAAAACACAAUCAUACCCGACGAUAAGACGAGCGUCAACACUUUUAGCAUCAUCAGCGACAAGCUGCAAAAGCAGCUCAGAGCCAGUAUCGAAGAGGAGAGCAAACCUGACGACCCAAGGCCAUUCAAACUCCUCAAGACCUACUACCAGAACUGCAUGAACUUGACCCAUAUCGAAGAAGAAGGUCUGGAUCCAUUGCAUCGAAAUCUGAAGGAAUUGGGUGGGUGGCCAGUUCUGAUGAAUAAUUCUUGGGUCGAAGACGACUGGAGCUGGACUGAAUCUGUCUAUAAGUUACGCAAAAUGGGCUACUUAUUCAAUUUCUUCAUCGAUUUAAGUGUCUACACUCACCUCAAAAAUAACACAAAACGCGUCAUUCAAUUGGAUCAAGCAACGCUGGGUGUGUCACGCGAGUACCUGUCACGUGGCUUAAGAGAUAGAAUCGUAAAAGCUUACUUCAAUUACAUGGUCGACAUUGCCCAAAUCCUCGGAGCCGAUCGAGACUACGCCGCUGAGCAACUCAAGGAGUCACUGGAGUUUGAAAUCAAACUCGCCAACAUCUCACUUCCGAGUGAAAAACGGCGCAACAUCACGGCUCUGUACAACGCAAUGACCAUAGCCGAGCUGUCCAAGCGAUUCCCGUCCAUACCUUGGAUUGAGUACUUCAACACCAUAUUGGCACCAACAACUAGCGUCACGGAGGAUGAGGUUGUCGUCGUCAAUGUGCCAACUUUCAUCACAGAACUCGAAAAAUUGCUUAUGAAAACGCCCAAACGAGUACUGGCGAACUACUUAAUGUGGCGCGUUGCUGAAAGUUCUAUUGAUUACCUCGACGACGAAAUCAGGAAGCAGCCGUUCGAAUUUUAUAAAAUAACCAAAGGAAUAAAAAAACGCAAGCCACGUUGGAAGGAGUGCAUGGAUUUUGCAAGUGAUGAUUUACUUAUAAGUGUAGGCGCGCUCUACGUACGAAAGUACUUUAACAAGGAUGCAAAAUCGACCGUCGUCGAGAUGGUAUCAGACAUCAGAAAUGAGUUCAUAAAAAUCCUGCACACAAUCGACUGGAUGGACAACAAAACGAGAGAGGCUGCCCUGGAUAAGGCCAAAUCCAUGACAACCCACAUAGCGUAUCCGGAAGAGCUGUUCGACGACGAAAAGCUCGAGAAGUUCUACGAAAAGCUGGAGAUUUCAUCGGGCAGUUACCUCGAAAGUGCCCUUAAUCUGACGCUGUUUGGAACUGAGUAUGCCUUCGAGAUAUUGAGGAAGCCGGUCAACAAGAGCGAGUGGAUCUAUCAUGGCAUGUCUGCCAUCGUCAACGCGUAUUACAGCAAUACUGAGAAUAGCAUAGAACUACCAGCUGGCCUCCUUCAAGGGGCAUUUUUCAACAGUGACCGUCCAAAAUAUAUGAAUUAUGGUGCAAUCGGUUAUGCAAUCGGCCACGAAAUCACCCACGGUUUCGACGAUCUAGGCCGGCAGUUUGACAAAAAUGGUAACCUGGUCAAUUGGUGGGGGGAGGAAACCGAAAAGAAAUUCCUUCAAAAAGCUAAGUGUAUAAUAUAUCAGUACGGCAAUUACACGUCCAAGGAAGCUCAAUUAAAUGUAAAUGGCGUUACGACUCAAGGCGAAAACAUCGCAGACAACGGAGGCAUCAAAUUGGCCUAUCUAGCCUAUAAGAAGUGGGUGAGACGAAAUGGUCCCGAAGCUCAACUUCCGGGCCUUAAUUACACUGGCCAACAGAUGUUCUGGUUGAGCACGGCCAACACUUGGUGCAGUAAAUUCCGGCCUGAGAAGCUCAAACUGAGUAUCACCACUGGAUUGCACAGUCCCCCCGAGUUUCGGGUCCUUGGGCCCAUGUCCAAUAUGCCCAAGUUUUCCAAAGAUUUUAACUGUCCACUCGGCACAAUAAUGAAUCCUAGGCACAAGUGCACUGUUUGGUAA